AUGCCCGAAAUUGGUUCGUGUACUGAUAUAAAAUGUGAUGAUGAAGUUAAAGAAUUCUAUAAAUGUCAUUGUUGUUUACGUCUUAUUUGUUUAUAUCAUUUAAAUGAACAUGUUGAAUUAACAAAACAAAAUAAACGACGAACAAAUAGUCUUCGUAAGGAAUUCCAUACAAUUGUAAAUACACUACAAUUAAUUGUUGAAGAUAAAUUAUCAACUAUUGUACGUGAACAAUAUUUGAUUGAACAAGCAAAAAAAAUUCUUGACACAUCGAAUAGUUCAAUCGAUGAAUUAAAAAAUAUUUUCGAAAUAAUUAACCAAACAAUAACAUUAAAUCGGCCAGCUAAUAAUUAA